AGCUUGGGAAUAAUGUCACUGUUUAGGGGGCAGGGGAGCGCUUUAACCCGGUCACAACGUGGGGAGGUUGCUCACGUUUCUUUUUUUGCGUUGCCAUGGGGUUUUGUAAAACCUAUUGACUGCGAUAGGGUCCCUUCUUUUCUUUGAGUCUGUCUUUGUGGAGGAGGAGGAAAAAACCGCUAUUACUUUUUCUUACAGAGGCGGGGGGAGUGAUAGUAGCAUCCAAGGGAGGAGGGAGGUAGCCUACUCCGGUACAGACCAACUGCGAGGCGAAGCGGCGUUACGUGAACAGUGAAACCCUCCUGUCUCUUCCAGCGGUGGAGAAAAUUCAACUUUCUGAACGGCUGCCACGACAUGAGUUACAUCUGAAGGUACCGAAUCUUCAGCGCGCCAGAGAAAUGAACUAAGGACUGAGUAGGAGAGAGCACUCGUUUCUUGAGGACAUACAAGAUUCAAGGAGAAACCAUGAGGCUGCAGAGGAGCCCAGAAUUGGCCACCGUGCUGGGCUUGAUCACCUGUAUUUGUGUCUUUCAUACGACUACAGCCAUUGACAUCCCACUGGAAGUUUUAGGUCAUAUAAACAUUGAGCAGCUGCCCACCAUCACAGCUCAGUCGCCCAGCUCUCUCAUCGCCUUCCCUUUUGAUGAGAGCUUCCCCAUGAUGUGUGAAGCCAAAGGAAAUCCCGAGCCAGAAUUCAGAUGGACGAAGAAUGGCCAGGAAUUUGACCCCUCUCUAGACCCCCGGCUGAUGAAAGAGGAGAGUUCUGGGACCUUUGUGAUUCCCAAUAAUGGGAACCUUACAGAGUACCAGGGAAUCUAUCGCUGUUACGCCUCCAACAAACUGGGGACCGCCAUAUCGAAGGAGAUUGAGUUCAUUGUGCCCCAUGUUCCAAAGUUUCCUAAAGAAACACUUGAUCCUGUUGUGGUGGAGGAAGGUCAGCCUUUUACUUUAAAAUGUAAUCCACCUAAAGGAAUACCACCCCUCCAGAUCUACUGGAUGACUAUCAAUCUUCAGCACAUAGAACAGGAUGAGAGGGUGUCUAUGGGCUUGAACGGAGACCUUUACUUCUCUCACGCGGUGGACAAGGACAGCAGGAGAGACUACUGCUGCUUUGCCGCCUUCCCAAGAAUACGAACCAUCGUUCAGAAGACCGCCAUGUCUGUCAUCGUCAAGACAAAAAAAAGUGACAUGAGUCCUGAAAGUGCUAAUGCAAUCCUUGAAAGAAAACCCUCUCUUCUGACGCCCUCUACUGCCAGAUCAGAGACACAGCUGGUUAAAGGAGAGGACUUGAAAUUGGAGUGUAUUGCUGAAGGAUUUCCAACUCCACAGGUUGAGUGGGUGAAGAUGGGUCAUCAACUUCCCAUUAAAGCAAAAGUGGAGAAUCAUGGGAAAUUGUUGAUUGUGCCAAGAGUUGAACAGGAAGACAGUGGGAAGUACAUGUGCAAGGCAAAGAACGGACUUGGAGAAGCUGUCCAUUACUUCACCCUGAAAGUAGAAGAGCCUCCUGAGUGGGUGAUUGAGCCGGAGAGUCAGCUAAGUAUGAUCGGCUCAGACGUUCACAUCAAGUGUUCUGCCAGUGGGACUCCUCAGCCGACUAUAACAUGGAGAGUGAACGGUGAACUUCUGCAGGGGGCCCCUGCAGCAAACAGGAAGGUGUUUGAUGACACCAUAGUUUUACAUAACGCCAAAGCAUCUGACAGUGCGGUCUAUCAGUGUGAGGCCUCCAACAAACAUGGAACCCUUCUGUCAAAUGCAAACAUCAUGAUCAUGAAUCUAUCCCCCAUGAUUUUGACCAAGGAGGGGGAGGAUUAUACCGCUGUUGAGGGGAAGGGAGUGAUUAUGCACUGCAACGUCUUCAGCUCUCCUCCCUCUACUAUCACUUGGAGCAAAGACGACUCCUCUGAAUCCGUGGAGGGGCCGAGGCAUGCCAUUCACGAUAAUGGGUCGCUGGAGAUCUACAGCGUGGAGAAAGAAGACACAGGACAGUACACAUGUUUAGCUAAAAACACAGAGGGAUCGUCUGCCAUUGACGCUAUGCUCUAUGUGAAAGAUCCCACUAGAAUAGUCGUGGCCCAGGAGGACCUGCAGAUCCUAAUAGGCACCACGGCCCGGCUCUCAUGCCUCGCAGAGUACGACAAGUCCUUUAGCAAUGACUUUGAGCUCCUUUGGGAAAAAGAUGACAUGAAGAUAGCCCUCAACAACACUGAGAAUUCAAGAUACUUUGUGGAGGAGGGUAUUCUUCAAAUUAUCAAUGUAAGCCACAGGGACCAGGGUGUGUACACAUGUGUGGCACAAACUCCAGUGGACCGAGACACAGCCUCAGCACUGCUCAUGGUGUUAGAUGUCCCUGAUGCACCCGAGAACUUGGUACUGUCUGAACACAAGAGCAAAAGUGUGAAACUGAAAUGGAUCCCUGGGGACGAUCACAACAGCUCCACCACAGAGUUUAUUAUUGAAUACGAGGAAAGCCAGUGGGAGCCGGCAAACUGGAAGGAGCUGCUCCGAGUACCUGGGAACCACAACUCAGCCGUGCUUAAACUCCACGGCCACGUCGACUAUUGCUUCCGCGUGUCUGGUUUAAACGCUGUAGGGAGGGGUCUUCCCAGCAAGCCCACAGAAAGAUACAAAACCCCCCCAGCAGCUCCUGACAAGAACCCUGAAAAUAUCAAAAUCGAAGGUCAUUUACCACAUGAAAUGGAUAUCAACUGGGAGCCCUUGUUACCCAUUGAGCACAAUGGUCCCGGUUUGGAGUAUAAGGUGAGUUACAGGAGACAGGACGUGGAGGAGGACUGGAAGGAACACAUGGUGAAGAGACACUCGUUUGUGGUGAAGAAAACUCCCACCUUUGUGCCCUAUGAGAUCAAGAUCCAAGCCAGAAACCAUCAGGGCUGGGGCCCCGAGCCCAAGAUAGUGACCGGCUACUCAGGAGAGGACUCUUUCUUCUGGACUUGCCCCCAGGAAGUAUCCUCAGUUCCCUCUGCUGCACCUGAUGAUGUAGCUGUGGAGGUGAUGAACAGCUCAGUGGUCAAGGUUAGCUGGACGCGUGUACACAAGGACAAGUUACAUGGACAUCUGGGAGGCUACAGGAUAAACUGGUGGCGUCUGCGCAGUCUGGCGGCCUCAAAAAAAAGCCACGGAGAAAAACACACGCUAAAAUUCCCCGGGGACCAGUCCCACGCCAUGGUUCCAGGACUAAAACCCUUCUCUGAGUACAGCCUCAUCGUCAUGACCUUCAACGGGCGGGGCAACGGCCCUGGCAGCCCUCCCCUCAGCUUCAAAACCCCGGAGGGAGUCCCUGAGAAAAAUCCUGUUUUCAGGGUCACAGAUGUACAGAAACACACUGUCUCUCUGGUCUGGGCCCCGCCAUUGGAGCCUAAUGGGAUUCUCACCGGGUACCUCCUCGAGUAUCAGCUCAUCAACGACACAGAAGAAGUGGGGCCACUGCAGACAGUAGACAUCAGCAACCCCAACACCACCAAGUGGAACCUGCGUGACUUGGAGCCUGUGAGCAAAUACAAAUUUUACCUGCGCUCCUGCACCACGGUGGGCUGCGGGCCCGUUGUCAGCGAGGAGUGCACCACUACUCUAGAAACAACUUCCACUUUGACUUCCACCCUUGGCCUCAGCAAGUCAGCUUCCCCCUCACCUCCAAGCACUCCAAAGUCCCCAGUGACCAAACCCACUCGUUCCACCAUAGUCCCGGGCCUGUUGAAUUUUAGCUCAGCUGUUAGUGACAGCUUUGCGAAUAUCAGCUGGAUAUCUGGUGGAGAGCACACAGAGUUUUUUAUUGCAUAUAUGAACAACCGUGAGGGUCUCUGGAAGAUAUCAGAGGCCUUAAACACCUCUAAGACUUUCCACAUCAUUGAUGGGCUCGACCCCGGGACAGAGUACACUGUGCGCCUUAUUCCUAACAGCUGGGUUGAUAAUUCUAGCAUAUUUGAAGAUGUUAUCACGACCGCGUUUACAGGUCUGGCCAGCAUCCACGGAGGAAUAUCCACCAAGGGCUGGUUUAUCGGCCUGAUGUGUGCCAUCGCUCUCCUCACACUCAUUGUGUUGAUCGCCUGCUUUGUCAACAGAAACAAAGGAGGGAAGUAUUCCGUUAAAGAAAAAGAGGACCUUCACCCAGACGUGGAGUCCCAGGGCAUGAAUGACGACACAUUUUGUGAAUACAGCAUGCACGAGGUUCACAUGGAGCCUCACGCUUCUUCUGUUCAAGACAUUUGAUGGCCAGAGUAACUGGAAAUGACAGCGACGAGAAGCCGCUGAAGGGCAGCCAGCGCUCGCUGAGCAGAGAGAUCAAAGCCGGGGACAGCGGGGACAGCCUGGUGGACUACGGGGACGAGGACGUUCAGUUCAACGAGGACGGGUCCUUUAUCGGCGAGUAUGCGGGGCGGAAGGAGAAGAGGGUGUCCGCUGAGAUCAAAGCCACUAUUCAGACCCCGGCAUGAGGAGCCAAAACCGCCAUCCAUCUUCGCCUAGACAAGGUUUUCAUUAUAAACCUGCUGGGAGGAACAAAUGAAAGAGGAAACAGACAUUAUCCAUACCGAGCACAAGUUUUGUGUCAAAUGUAAUGCGUCAUUGCCAACUGCACACUGCCACCCUCAUCUUAUAAAGUUCUGUUUUGUCGGGUUGCAACAGAAUGGCCAUUACUAAAUACUGUGUAUAUAUAGUGUAUAUUGUAUGUGCGGAGUGUCUUUUUUUUAUAAUUAUUACACAAACAAUUUAGAGGGCUUGUAUUUUCUUUCUUUUUUAUCUCCAGUACUUCAACUGCAGUACUGUUUGUACAAAUGUCAGGAAAUGGCACUUUCCAUUAUACAUCAUUCUAUACAGCUUUGCCUGUGAUAUCAUCUUGGAACAGACCACAGAUAAGUGGGAAAAUCAAGUUGAUAUUGUUUUUUAAUUGGAGAAAAUAUUACUGACCUGUUAUAUUUGAAAUUGAUUAAUUAAAUAUGAGUAUAAAAGAGUACAAAGGUUGUUUAUUAACUUAUUUUUUCCCAGUGGUUUUACACCUGACAAAAUAACAAGGAAAUUGACAUAUCAUAAAUGGUGAUUGUUGAGUCAUGUAUCUCCCUGUGAUGUCAGAAGAA